CUGUAUAUGCUUCUGUACCUGUGCUAGCAAUGUCCUGCUGUGACAUCAGUGCAGCAACCAAGUGCUAACUUGUCACAGAAAUAAUGAAAAUACAGCACUAAACAACACAUUAGCACAAGAACAACUAAAAACACUAUACAUAUUUGAGUAGAAACAUAUUUAAUCCGUUUCAGGGUGGACCUUUAACUACCUCACACACUACAAUGAUUCCUCUGAAGGGUCUUAGUAAGAAUCCCACCCUUUUUCCUUGUAACACUCCUCCGGUCUUGAGGAGUGUGUGGAGUGUGAGUUUACCUCUGGGAAGUUCCAGCCCAUGUUUGGAGAUGUUCCUCAGGGCCACUGUCCAUCAAGGAAACCGCUAGAAAGCACUGGAGUGAAUAUGAGGAGAGAGGAAAUACCACUGCACGUCGUCCAUUAAGAGAUCUGCGCUCUCUCUCACACACACACAGUCGGACACAGAGUGCUAUCAUGGCUCAGGCUAAAAUCAGCGCCAGAGUCAACACUGACACCGCUAAAGGCAAAUUCAGCAGGUCUGUGUCGAUGGCAGACCGCUCCAUGCGCUUACUGGAGAGUCUUGAUGAAAUUGAAAUGAGGGUGGAGGCACUAAGGGAAGCGGCCACAGCUAUGGAACACGAGAGGGAAAGCUUACUCGAAAUGAUCCAGUCCAUUCAGAACAGCCAGGAAAUGCGAACCAUUUGUGAUGGAGAGCGAGAAGAACUCACUCUGACUGCUAAUAGACUCAUGGGCCGGACACUGACAGUGACCGUCUCUGUAGACACCAUCCGAAACCCACAGCAGGAAGAUGCGCUGAGGACAGCUACGGCCAUCAUCGAUGAGAUCGCUGCUAAAGUGCUCGACGACAUGGAGAGCGCGAGGAAGAAGCUGCAGGCUCUUCACGCCGCCUGCCUCACAGAGGCAUCGUUUGUUCCCAUUGACCAGAAAUUCCAGAGCAUUGUGAUCAGCUGCGCACUGGAAGACCAGAAGAAAAUCAAGCGGCGACUCGAGACACUCAUACGGAACAUGGACAAUGCAGAGAAAACCAUUAAGAUCAUGGAUAACCAGAAAGUGGAUGAGUCCAAAAGUGCCAAUGGCAAAUGAUGACAUGGGGUUUGGGCAGCACCACCUUUGUGGAGCGCCUAACUAGCAUGUGCCUUCAUUAAUCACUGGGAUCAUCACAACUUUUCAUUUCUCACCAUGUUUGUAUGCUACACUUAUAUAGUCUUUUGGACUUUUAAUUAAAUUAUCAGUAACGGAAACACACUAAAUAUUUUAUUUGAUGCAUUCUAAAGGGCAACUUGAUUAAAAUGAGAGAACUGAAAAAUGUCAGUUAAUUUAAAUAGUAAGUCAAGGUAACAGAAUGUAUCAUACACAUAAAAACGGUCUUUAAAACUUGGAUAAGUUGUGAUACGUCACGAAGAUGUACCACAAUUCCAAUUUUUUUCUACUUAAAUAUAUUUUUGGCUAUUUCUAUUAAUUGUGUUCUAUUAACGAAACCCACAAAAGUGUUGAAACAUCUUUGAGAUUAACAAGAAAAUAGGCUACUAGUUUGUGUACAUUUUGAGUCUUAUGCACAUCUGUAGUUGAGAUUAAUUAUGAACUUUCCAGUGUUUUCCAGGGCAGAAUGGGUUUUUAAAACAAAACAAAACACAACACACCUGGCUUAGGCCACGCCCACUUCAGGCUUUAAUCCGAUUACAGAUACAGAUAGCAUUAUUUUGCUAAUACACCCUGAUGUAUAGGAUAUAUUUUGAGCUGCACAUGGUAUGCACACACUGAGGGCUCAAAUUAGACCACAUCUACCAUCAUGCUCGAGUGGAAUUCUUCAUAAGGCUGUUAAGAUUGUCAUAUGGUAUAGAACAAUGCUUGUCACUGUUCUGCUUGUCACUAAGGAACAAAUUGCUCAAAGUGAAGGAGUGUUCGAGAAUCCUUUGUAAAUGGAAAUAGGAUCGCGUCUGAGUGCUAAGUGCUGUCAACUAGCCACUGAUCAUACAAAUAUAACACUUGAAAGUUUUUCUAGUGUCUAAUAUCGCAGCAUUCACCUUAAAUCUGUUACAGUUUCAGCUUAAUGAUCCUGCAAAAUUUGAAUGCAUUUCCAGAAAAAGUUGAUUUGACAUAAUCGUUUUUUUUCCAUGCUAGUUUCAUGCUAUGUUUUUGAAGUUCAUUUUAAAUAAUUAAUAAUGCACAGUGUGACAAUGUAGUUCGUUCCCAUCAUGAAUACAGCUUAGACAGGUUUAAACAGUACAGG